CCAAACCCUUACUUGCUACAGCUGUGCGUCCCUGCCUCUUCCCUCUACCCACUUCCUCCGUCUUCUCCCUCAAACGAUGAAAUGAUGGUUUCUUCCUUUCGGUCUGCCUUCUUCUUCUUCGCGAUGUCUCUCUGCUUCUUUCUCUAUUCACUAUCCUCUGCCUUCUUCAACAACGACUCCAUUUCAUUUUUCUGCUCAAUUUUCUCAAACCUUUUUAGAGUUUUGGUCAAAAGAGGAUGGCCUUUAAUGGAGCCUCCAGUUGGGAACAAGUUCCGUAUCGGUCGGAAAAUAUGUGGCAGAUUCUUUGGAAAGAUCUAUCUCGGAGGGGCAGCUGCGGUUGCAAAAGGGAAGAGAAGGGCGGUGGAGGAACUAGUGGACAAGGCCACUCUUCAGAAGCAGAGACACAUGAUCAAGAGUCUGCUGCUAGGUCCAGGGAACGUAAACAGGAUCUUGGUAAUUCGAGAGGUGGGAAGUCUAGCUGCAAUUUGAUUUCAAACAGUUAUAAGGUGAUGCAUGAAGUUCAACAACCUGGUACCGGAAAAAGUCAGUAAGAUAGAAGUAAUUUUUUCUCAAGUACAAAUGCUAGUGCUCUCUACAAGCCUUUUGCAGCUUUAUCUACAGGGAUGAAGAGACUGUCUCCAUAUGAUAAUUCUGCUGUUGAUGCUUAUCCCAAAAAGAUGAGGGCUGUUAUAAAUAAGGGUGAGUAUGAAAGAUCCAAAGUGGUUUCGACAGCCCAAAAGGUAGACGUUAUUGCUUACCCACAAAAUAAAAUGGGUGAAAAAUGCAUGUAUGAUUCCAUUAUUAAUGGUACCAACCAAUAUUGUGAAACAUGGACGAAACCUCCCCAUGUCACAACACGUUAUUUUGAAAAAAUUGAGAGCCAGAUUAUUCUUGUAAUGAUCUGAGUUCUGUUGGCAGUUGUAGUGUGAUAGGUAGUUAUAGUGGUGCCUUCAAAUUGCCCAAUAGACUUAGCAUGAUAUUGGAUGCCUUUGAAAAUUGGUUAUCCACUUAGCAGUUAUUAGUGUAAAUGAGAUUAGAUUUUAACAUAUGUCAUAGAAUUCAAUUUGAUUCACAUGAAGCUUGGUGGGUUAAGUGGCAGGUAAGGACGAUAGCAACUGAAGGAAUUAUUUCAUCAUAUAAAUGCUAAAGAGUGGUUGUCUGGAGUCAAUGGUAUGUUUUUAAUUCAUUAGGUUCUGAGUUCAAAACAAUACCUUUUUAUAUGGCUAAACUAUUUCCAAAUCUUAUAUCGACCAUUCUUAGAUCUAUAGGAUAAUUUAAAAUCAUUAUUGAUGUUAUAAUUCCUCCCUUCAGUAGAUGAGUCUCCAUGGAUUUUUGAGGGUAUUGGAGUUGCGUGACACUCUUCUGGCAGCCCGGAUUUGCUAAUGUUGACUCUAAAAGUAGCAACCCUUUAUUUAUCAAGAAUUUUGAGGACUCUAUUUUGUACGAGACUAUGAGUGAUACAUGGGCUUAUGUAGCUGUCUAAACAAUUAUUGCUUAUCGCCGCUCUAUUUUAUCUUUGCCCAUUGUAGGAUAAUAAAUGAACUUUUGAUAUUUCUAUCAUGGUUGUAGCUGUAUCGUUGUACUUUUAAAAUCAUAAUUUGUUUUUCAUACCCCUCAUAUUUCUCUU